ACCUUCGGGCGGAAGCGGGUGCAGAAGCGUGGUGGCUCCUUCAAGGACCAGCCGCGGCUGUACCAGGAAAUCCGGGAGAGGGGCCUGAACUCCGUGAACCAUGAGUCAGAUGAGGAUUUGCUGGAGGAAUCCAUCCCCGAGGAGCCAUCCCCUGCGGGUGCUGCUAUCGUGGUGCAGAGCUAUCGCCCGGCACAAGUGACUUGGAGCCAGCUCCCGGAGGUGCUGGAAGCGGGCAUCCUGCAAAAGAUCUCCCCUGAGGAGCGCAAGCGGCAGGAGGCGAUGUUCGAGAUCAUCACCUCUGAGUACUCCUACAUGCACAGCCUGAGCGUCCUGGUGUGCCACUUCAUGAGGUCAGAGGAGCUGAAGGAGACCAUGACCCAGACGGAGCACCACCACCUCUUCUCCAACAUCAGCGACAUCCUGGCAAUCAGCACGAGGUUCUUCGAAGACUUGGAGAAGCGUUACCAGGAACACCUCCUGAUUCCUGACAUCAGUGACAUAGUGGAAGAACACGCCUCGAACCACUUCGGUCCCUACAUCAGCUACUGCUCCAACGAGGUCUACCAGCAGAGGACACUUCAGAGGCUGCUAGCCACAAACCCCUUAUUUAAAGAGACCUUGAGACAAAUUGAAAGGAAACCAGAAUGUGGAGGCCUGCCAAUGAUCUCAUUUCUCAUUCUCCCUAUGCAGAGGGUAACACGGCUUCCUCUGCUGUUAGAUACUGUCUGUCAAAAAACAAAGGCAAGCACUGCAGCGUAUGGAGCUGCCACCAGAGCUCUGAAAGCCAUCAGCAAGCUGGUUAAGAACUGCAAUGAAGGUGCUCGUGCCAUGGAGAGGACGGAGCAGAUGUACACCCUGCAGAAACAGCUGGAAUUUGGGAAGAAGAAGCCAUUCCCGCUGAUUUCCGCUUCCCGCUGGCUGCUGAAGCGGGGGGAGCUGUACCUGCUGCUCUCAGAAGAGGCCGGCAUCUUCCGACGGGGCACCGGCAGGCUCUGCUACCUCUUCUCGUUCAACGACGUCCUCAUCAUAACCAAGAAGAAGAGCGAGGAGAGCUACGCUGUCAUGAACUACGCCACGCUGGACCAGGUGACCGUGGAGAAGAUGGAGAACACGGACCCACCUUCCCCUCCUCCUGGCAAGACCGGGAGCGGCGGACCAGACUUCCUGCUCCGGGUGGUGAUGGAGAAGGACAGCGAGGGCCGGCGGGAGGAGAUCGUCCUGUCGGCAGAGACGCUGAGUGACCGUGCCCGGUGGAUCGCUGCGCUGAUGCACAGAGAAAAGGAGAAGCCGGACACAACUCCUAAAGGAGAUCUGAGCCAAGUGGAGAUAACCCAGCCCUACCUGGCUAAACAGGCAGACGAGCUCUCCCUGCAGCAGGCUGACGUCGUCCUGGUGCUGGGCGGAGAGGAUGGCUGGUGCUGGGGGGAGAGGCUCCGGGAUGGGGAGAGGGGCUGGUUCCCCCAGGCCUGCGCUCGGCAGAUCACCAGCCGCAUGGCCGUGGAGUGCAACGUGCGCCGGAUGGAGCGGCUGCGCAUAGAGACCGACGUGUAG